AUGCAUCAGCAUCCUCGUACACCUGCGGUGCCUUCGCAGGUACCGAACCUCCCCGCCAAACCCACUCCGACUUCGCUGCGGGAGGACCUCAGAGACUGGGAUUCGGCGCCAACGUCACCUUCCACUGACACUCGGCCAAGUACAGCCCGGGGCCUGGGAAUUGAUGGAGCAGAUUCUUCUGAUAAGCCAAGGGACUCUGGCCCAAGCAAGGAUGCUAUGGCAAAGCUCUCUCAAAUCAUAGCCAACUAUCAUACUAAAGCUGCUCUGAUUAUCCUUCAAUCGCGUGUCGAACUCCCCCCUGCCUACCAGAAGGGCUCUGAUGUGCCGAGAAUAAAUCGUUGGUUCAAUGUCGAGUUAGACGACUCAGAUACCCUCCGAGAACCCCUACGCACCUGGAAGAACUGUGAUGCCUCGGAGAACCGCCCCCCACCUCUCGUCAUAGAAACAUUCCUAGAUACUAAGGGUCUCACGAAUAAUCAGACUCUUGUCAUUCUAGAUGACCAGGGGAAACGAUGGGACGUGCAAGAGUCACUUGCUGCUUCUCGGGGUGCUGGAGCACAAACUCCAUACCAGUCGGGCUCUGAUGAGAUCAUUCUGGAGCGAUGGAGGAUAGAACUCGGGGAGCCUUCUAGCAGCCCGCCUGCCGAUCUGGGCUCGAUCUUGCCGACGGUCUAUAAGAAAAGCAUCGUUCUUUUCCGAUCCUUGUUUACAUACUCCAAGUUUUUGCCUGCUUGGAAGUUAUGCAAGCGCAGUUCACAGGUUCGCAUGAAUUCUGCUCUGAAGAUCAGAUACCGUGUGGCAGAUGGCAGCUCUUGCAAGGACCCGACCAUAGACCACUUGACGGCUCCGUUGUAUGAGGGGACUGAGAAGGUGGUUGAUGUUUACAAGUUUGGAGUCACUGAAUCGCCAGCUGGGCCAUUUUCAGUGCAGGUCAGUUAUCGGACUAAUUGUGACUUCCGUGUGGACGACUCAGAGGCAUUGUUGAGCUCUCGGUUUAUGGGCGCCGACGAUGACAUAUUUCGUCCAUCGCUACCUGCGGACGAAACAAUGCGUGCGAAUAUCGAAGUGGGGUCAGUGCCAGUUGGAAGAAGAACGAUUGAUAACCCCGAUCAUUCGCGAGCGUAUGGAAGCCUAUCAACAUUUCACCAGGUUGGCCCAGCUACGGGUGCAAGUCCCAUCUCAGCUUUGCGCGCCGCGAGAGAUUCUGGUGCAGUAUCUCCAUCGCCGUCCGAUUCACCUACAAGAAUAACCCCCGUCAAAGCUGCGCCAAUUGGUCGUGCUGCGCAACUUGCAAGUGAGGGAGGAAAUUCCAACUUCCAGCGACGCCCCUCUGUGUCUUUUCAGCCCUUUAAAGCACCUACCCUCUCUGCUUCCCCUUCACUCGCAGAUAAUCCACUAGGUGUAUCUCCGCGCACAUCCUCCUUUCGAGUCCCCAUAGGAACCUCUGCAGAUUCUCGGGUUAUGCCCCCGCCUUCAGUGGCAGCUGCAGCACGAAGACCUCCUCUUGCGUCCGACAACGUACUUUCCUUUUCUAACUCCACAUCACCCCGUUCCGCGCCAAUUUCACGCUACACCAGCUCAUUUAGUCACCGACGCGGCCGUCUAUCUGUUGGAAAUUCCAAUAAGAUGGAUGAUGAAAUCUCCAGUGGUAGGUUGAGUGUGGCAUCCCCCAGCGCUCAACCUGGCUCUGCCCUUCUUUCCGAUACCACUGGCACUAGUGCAGAUUCAAUUGCACAGGACAGUGAGGAUAUAUCCAACUUCCUCAAGCUCUUAGAUGCUGCAAAGGGCGCAUUGGAUGUCAAACCUGGCGCGGUGAGUUCAUUCCGACAGCCGGGUACCGAUUGCCUCGCCCGCUACCAAGCUAUGCGUGAAUCAAACGACGCACUGUCCGAGUCAAUGGCUGCGUCAAUGAAUCCAAACCGUUUCUCAGUGGUGCCGAGGACACUAUCCGGGGUCCCACCCAUUGCUGGAACAUCCGUUUCGACUGUGUCGUCUGCCGGCAAACCCAUGUCACCGCAUACUCCUCAUACACCCCACACACCAGCUAUCCGAUCCCGCCUUAGUUCCAACAGUGUUGCCGAUGACAUCGUCGCAGAGCAUGACCGCCGAGGAGUCCAGUCCCCUACAGGUGAAACAGCUCGCCACCCAGCAGCGCAACGCAUCGCGCUGACUGCUGGGGCUAUUGACAUCCCAACAUCUCCGCGAGUGUUUGAUCCAACCUUCCGGGGAACGAGCUAUACCCAUCACAGAGCCGCGACCACUGACUCGGACGAGGUCUUCCCAUUCGGAUUGCGCAGCAUCAGUCUUGGAACUGACGAACUGGGCAACGCUUCCCGCCAGACUACUCCUCACGAGAGACCUCCCUUUUCUCGUCAACAAUCUACUACUGGCAACUCCAACCCCCCUACUGCUGUACCAGUUCAGCCCGAGGGGGCAGUUCCCCAAGACCAAUCUGUCCCAGUCGCAACCUCGUCAUCGUCUACAGCUAACGUCUAUCAACCCCGAUUCGCUAGCUCGCGCGGCCGUGGCUUCUCUGGUGGUCCUCACUCUCUCAGCUCUGCAUCAAGCUCUCUUGCCCGUGGUGCUACAAUCCCACCCCAUCUCUCCGAGCGUGAAACCGACCGCGAUGGCAAUGCCAGCGGCAGCAACAGCGGAAACUCCACCCUAGAGAUCCGCCGCGGCUCGCAGCGACCUAGUUCCAACCGCGCCCCACCAUCCAGCCAAUUCGAAGAUGACGAGCCCCUGCUCUUCGCCAUGAGUGACUUUGGAGUGUCUCGCCGCAGCCUGGAUGAAAACCGCCAUGGCAACCACGGCGGAACGGACUCAAACAGUGCCUCGCGACGCGGUAGUGGCCGACGUGGAAAUGGACUUCCUAGUUUCCACCACUGGACCUAA